AUGAAUACUAAAAAACCACGAAAAUUUUUAAACAAAUCACAUACAACUGAAAUUUCAGUUGAAACAACUCAGUUACGAAAAAAGGCAACGAACAAAUUUUCACAAAUGCUAUCCUAUGUUAAAUCAACAACAGCUAGAUUAUCAACCGAUGAUGUAGAAAAUGAUCAAGGAAACCUACAUGUUGAUGUAGAAAAUGAUCAAGAAAGUCUGUCUGUUGAUGUAGAAAAUGACCAAGUAAACUCGUGCAAAAAAUCAUUUGAGCUAGUAGUACCUUUUGAUUUAGAAAAAGAUCAAGGAGUUUCGCGUAAAAAAUCGCUUAAACUAAUGUCUACAGAUAUAGAAAAGAAUUAG